AUGUGUUGCAGUUGCUGCAGUGUCCGCCAACAAAAGAUCUGGGUGUUCACCUUGGGAGGACUAAUCCUGGCUGUAGGGAUUUUUUUGGCCUCAGCCUGGCCUGCUGUGUCUCGCCAAUGGAUUCGCAGUAUUUUGCCCUUGGCCCCCAAUUCCUUCAUAUACAAACGCUGGGUGACCACGCCAAUGCCGCUGUACAGCACAAUCUACCUCUUCAACUGGACUAAUCCAGAGGAUCUGAACACCGAGGGCGUUAAGCCCAACUUUGAGCAGCUGGGUCCGUACACUUUCAGUGAGUUCAAGGUUAAGGAAGAUUUGCAGUGGGAUCAGCAAGAGGUGACUUAUUUUGGCAAGCGCACCUGGCACUUUCUCCCCGAAAAAUCAAAUGGCUCGCUGGAGGAUUUAGUUGUGGCUCCGCAUUUUCCAUCAUUGACAGCCGCUUUCUAUUCGCGCCGAUUACGCCGCAUUGUGCGCAAGGUCAUGAACUUUGCCCUCAAUCGCGAGGGCGGCUCCACCCACAUGACCCACACGGCUGGUCAGUGGCUCUUCGACGGCUACUACGACCAUCUGCUGGACUUUGUGGAGCAGCUGCAUUCGCCAUUGUUUCCCGUUAACAGCAAUACAUUUGGCUGGUUUUACGAGAGGAACAACUCCAAGACGGCUGAGGGUAACUUUACGGUCCACACUGGCCGUGGAGAUCUCAGCCGGAUGGGAGAUCUGCUCCUGUGGAAUGGUCAAAAUACAACUGGUUAUUAUCCCGGCGAGUGUGGCAAGGUCAAUGGCAGCACGGGGGAACUCUGGUCGCCGGACAGGAAAUGGAAUCAGCCCACCUCCAUUUUUCUACCCGAUGCAGCGCGUUACCUGAACCUUUUCCCCAUGGAAAACCUGACUGUCGAUGGGAUAGCCGUGUGGCGCUAUGAGUCCACCAAUCUCACCCUAGACAAUGGCCAGUUGUCACCGGACACCAAGUGCUUUUGCCUCGAGAAUCGCGAGUGUCCGCGCAACGGAGUCCUGGAUUAUGGACCGCCCGCCUUCAAUGGUCCGUUCUACAUGUCGCAUCCGCACUUUUAUCUCACGGAUGAAAUGUACAGGGAGAACACCACGGGUCUGCAGCCCCAGGAAUCCAAGCACGGAAUGUUUGUGAUUAUGGAACCCACUCUUGGUAUUCCAUUGAGCCUGAGGGGCCAGCUCAUGAUUAGCACGAGAGUAGAGCGCGAUGAGGCAAUCGACUUAUUCAAGGAUGUGGCCUAUGAUCACUAUGCUCCCCUUUUUACUAUGAAAAUUCAUGCGGAAUUAGAUGAAGGCCUUACAAGCUUACUCAAGCUUGCCUUAAAUGUAGCGACUAUUGGAAUGUUUACGGGAAUCGGAUUACUUCUCUUGGGACUAUCAGUGAUCAUAUUGGGCUUAUUUCUCACAGAGAAUCACAAGUGGUACAACGAACAAAAGACCGGUUGA